AUGUCGACUGGAUUUCCAGAACAUGAGCAGAGACCUGUUACGCAACCUCUCAACCAAAACACAUCCGACUUCAGUCGGCAAUCUAUCCCUCAGAUGAGUGGCCUCGCUCAUCCACGAUCAUCGGGGCCCAUUGCGAGUGGCGCGGGCGGACAAAUGAGUACCGGUGGCAGCACAGAAGAGCAAAAGGGUAGCGGGACGAACAAAGCAGUCAAGACUCGCAGCCUAGACUAUGUGUUGCGGAGCGGUUUAGCGGGUGGAUUGGCAGGUUGUGCGGCAAAAACAGUUGUUGCACCCCUCGAUCGCGUCAAAAUCCUCUUCCAGGCAUCCAAUCCCCAAUUUGCCAAGUACACCGGUAGCUGGGCAGGCCUCGCGGCCGCCAUCCGCGACAUCAAGCGCUAUGAAGGUGCUUCAGGCCUGUUCAAAGGCCACUCGGCCACUCUCCUCCGUAUCUUCCCCUACGCCGCCAUCAAAUUCCUCGCCUACGAGCAGAUCCGCGCCGUCAUGAUCUCGUCCCCUGACCAAGAGACCUCCGUCCGCCGCUUAGUAUCCGGCAGCAUGGCCGGCAUCACAUCUGUAUUUUUCACAUAUCCGCUCGAGCUUGUACGAGUGCGAUUGGCCUUCGAGACCAAAAGAACAUCGCGAUCCUCUUUGAAGGACAUUUGCCGCCAGAUCUACAAUGAACGAAUCACCCCUCCCUCAACAGCCGCAGCAGCGUCCCAUUCCGCCUCGACCAGCGUUGCCGCCGCCGGAACCAUUUCUUCAACUGUGAACCAGGCCGUGCCUCGCUCGGGCUUCGCCAACUUUUACCGCGGAUUCGGCCCCACCAUCCUCGGCAUGCUUCCCUAUGCCGGCAUGUCUUUCCUCACCCACGACACAGUAGGCGACUGGCUGCGCCACCCCUCUGUCGCACAGUACACUACAAUCCCAGACUCGGAGUCCAAACCGAAGAAGGGUUCUCGACACCCCCAGCUCACUGCGGCCGCAGAGCUGUCUUCCGGUGCACUCGCCGGCCUGGUCUCCCAAACAUCCUCAUACCCACUUGAAGUGAUCCGACGCCGAAUGCAAGUCGGCGGCGCAGUUGGUGACGGCCGCCGUCUCGGAUUAUUAGAAACGGGCCGUAAAAUUUGGCUCGAGAGAGGAUUCCGCGGUUUCUGGGUUGGCUUGACCAUUGGGUACAUGAAGGUGGUGCCCAUGGUGGCUACCAGUUUCUUUGUUUAUGAGCGGUUGAAGUGGUCUUUGGGCAUUUAG